UGAUUAUGGUCCGCCGAAUCCACACAUUAGCCACGCCACACACGCCGCGACUCGACCCCAUUCAUUGUGGAUGUUUUAGUUCUUUUAGCCGUGCGUGGUGUCUCUAUUUGCAGCCCAGGCUUACGCUUCGGCUAGUCAUAGAUUUCUGAUUUUAAGAUGGCUAAAAGUAUUCGAAGUAAGCGGAAAAGGAAGCUGAGAAACAUCAAAAGGACUAAAAAUGCUCCUAAAGAAUUACAAAGACUAAAAAAAUGUUUGAAUAUGCAAGGUGCAGAUACUGAGCCAAAAAGAUAUAAUUUUUCUGAUAUUCGUGAAUUAAUCAAGAAAGAUGAGGUGAACCAGGCUACUGGUACUCGUUACAAUCUUAGUAAAAUUCCUGGUUAUAAUUAUUUUGGAAUGGAUAUUCAAGAAACAAUUGAAGGUAAACAGAAAUCUUCAGAAACAAGAAGUAAACAAAAUCCUAAACAGAAUAUGGAUGUAGACAAUGAAGAUGUUGAUGAUCACAUUAUGGAAGUUGACUCCAAAAGGAAUCUAAAAACAUUAAAAAAUGAACACGGAAAUUACCCAAACUGGAUGAACCACAGGCAGGUGAAAAAAGCAAAGGCAAGGAAUGCACACAGUAAAGUAAAAAAGAAGAAAGCCAAUAAAAAAAGAAUUGCUUGGUAGUAACACACAUUGAAACACUGACUGCAUGUGGCAUAGGAAUAAGUAAAUAUAAUGAAAAAGUAAACUUUAAAAAAAAGAAGCUAGUGGAGAAAGAAUGAAGUCAUAGAACCCAAAAUUUA